UUAUGAAAACUACUUAAAAUACAAUUGACCCUAAAACUAGUGACAAUAUUCCUAACUUUGAUUCCAGCGAGGAAAAAACGUAAAUUCCUUCGUAUCCAACUAUUUUAUGUGCCCUUAUUCUUCUUGAUUCGCUUCCCCUCGUUCGAAAUAGAAUUUCGUCUUGCACCUGACAGAUCGCUGAUCUAACCUCAUAGUUUUGACGAUUAAUUUCAGUGUUUUUCUCACGUUCUUCUCAGUACUUUUUUCAGAAUGACCGAUUCAAAGGAAGCAAUGGAAGUUGAAUCUAUUGAAUCAGUUCAAGUUCUUGACUCUGAAGAUGUGUCCAAGACGUCUAUGGAAAUAGGCGAUCCGAGUAAAAAUGUUAUGGCCGCAGGAACUACUGGCUCAGUUACUUGCUCGUUACAUCCCCUGGUUAUUAUGAACGUUUCUGAACACUGGACUAGAGCCCGAGCUCAGAACGAGGAGAACGGACUGCCUCAAGUUUUUGGGGCCCUGAUCGGCAAGCAGAAGGGCAGGAAUAUAGAAAUUAUGAACUCUUUUGAGCUGGUUUUUAGCACUAUUGGGGAAGACACCUUCAUUGACCGGGAUUAUUACAAUAUGAAAGAGGAGCAAUUUAAGCAAGUCUUCAUGGAGAUGGAUUUUAUUGGGUGGUACACCACUGGAGGCCCCGCCAACAACUCCGACAUUAAAGUGCAUAAGCAAAUUUGCGAUAUUAACGAAUCUCCGAUCUUGCUCAAAUUGAAUCCUUGCGACAAAAAUAUCGAUCUCCUACCUGUGAGCUUAUACGAAACUGUGAUUGACCUGGUUAAUGGGGAAGCAACCAUGCUCUUCGUCCCACUCACCUACACGCUGGCAACUGAAGAAGCUGAGAGAAUUGGUGUAGACCAUGUAGCAAGAAUGUCGUCAAUGGAUUCAGGCGAAAGCUCCCUUGUGGCCGAACAUUUGACUGCUCAACAUAGUGCUAUUAAGAUGCUGCACUCCAGAGUUCGUCUAGUCCUCGAGUACAUGAAAGCUAUACAAAAUGGAGAUUUGCCCCGGAAUCAUGAAAUUUUGCGAGACGCCUAUUCGUUGUGCCAUCGGCUUCCAGUCGUACAAAGUCUGAGAUUUAGGCAAGACUUCUAUAAUCAAUGCAACGAUGUGGGUUUAAUGACCUACUUGGGAGCCUUAACGAAAAGCUGUAACGACUUGAAUCAAUUCGUCAAUAAAUUUAACAUCCUCUACGAACGGCAAGCUUUAGGGCGACGAAUGCGCGGUAUUUUAAGUUGGUAGAAAAUGUUUUCUGUUUUUUUCUGUUUAUUGUCCUUUACUCUAUAAACACUCCUUUGCAAGAUUAAUCUAUACACCGUGCUUAGAAAAGUUACUUCUUCAAAAAUAUAGCGUAAGGAAGACAGUUAUUUAAUAAUUUUGUUCUCAUAGUUAUGUGUGAUUAUUAAUUUGCUAAUAUAGACCCUUAAAUCCA